UCACAAUCACAAUCACAAUCACAAUCCUUGCCUCCUCAUUUACUCCCUCUUCUCCACUCCACGGUCUCCACCCCAUUUCUUCGGCGCUCAACAACCAAAUCUCCUUUCUCUGCACGUUCACUUCAGAUCAAUACUGCGAAUGUGUCACAAAGUGCUCCAGUACUCUAUUAGUGUAUCAAUACUGGAGAUUGGAGAAGCAAUGUGCCAUAGACUUGUUCGUCAUUUCUUCCUUAGUCUGAACCAAUGUUCUUCACUUCAUUCAGCUUCUUCUUCACUGCAAAAGCUUGAACAGACUGUUAGAGCUGAAGUAGAAGCCAAAAACUAUGUUAAAAUUCCUGAUAUCAUUUCCACUGUGUUGUCUCGAUCCCAAAAUUCAAAUCCUUUCUUUUUUUUAUCGUCUUUUCCGCAGAACUUACAAGUGCAAAUUGUUGAUGAAAUGAUGCAAUCUUUUAUAUCCAUCAGACCACGCUAUAAGCCCCGGCUAACCUAUUCCUACCUUCUUUCCUACACCCUCCAAAGUUCUCACCCCCUUCCUCUUGCACUCGCUAUCCUACAACGGACUCUACGUUCUGGUUGCUUACCAGUUCCUCAGACUCAUGUUCUCCUCUCAUCUGCUUGGUUGGACCGGCGAUGUCUGUCGCAUUCUGUGGCUAAUAUUUUACUCGAGAUGCAAUCAAUUGGAUAUCAUCCUGACUGUGGUACUUGUAAUUAUCUACUAUCAUCUCUUUGUGCUGUUGAUCAGUUAGUGGAGGCAGUUAAUGUGUUGAAGGGUAUGGGUGGAGCAGGAUGUAUUCCCGAUUCAAAUAGUUACGACAUUGUAAUUGGUGCAAUGUGCAAAGCUCGAAGGACUUCUGACGCUCAAGAUUUAAUGAAGCAAAUGGUGGAGAAAUAUGGUUUGACCCCAGACCAUGGAACAGUGGUGAAAUUCUUGACAGCAUUACGGACAAACAAGGAGAUAUGGAAAGCUGUUGAGGUGAUUGAGUUCCUGGAGAAAGAGGGAAACUCUGUCGGAUUUGAGAGUUAUGAGUUGGUGGUUGAAGGUUGCUUGGCGAGACGUGAGUAUGUUUUGGCUGCAAAGGUUGUUAUGGGGAUGACAGAAAGAGGUUUUAUACCGUAUAUCAAGGUGAGGCUGAAGAUAAUUGAAGGUUUGGCGAGCAUCGAUGAGUGGAAGAUAGCUUGUGCUGUGAGAGAAAGAUUUGCAAAACUUAAAUCUUAGCUGUUAAGUUAUUUAUAGUGAGCCUAGUUCGGUUCUUAAAGCUGAAGCAGAGAGUUGCAGCUCUUGGAUCUCAGAUUUGCCAAUCAAUUGGAGGUAUGAUCUCUUAAAUUAAAGCUUGGAAAAGAAGUGAGCAUAUACAGGAACAGGUUUUAUCGAGUUGUAGAAUUAAAGUUCCUUAGGCUGACUUUGAUUGUUGUAUUAUAUUAAAAUUAAAAUAAUUCAGCUGUAUAGUAUAUUUCGACACAAGAAAAUGGAGUAACUUUAUGUGUAUUAGUUAAACACCCUCCCCAAAAGGAAACAGUCUAAUAAUAUCAAUUGCACAGAUUAUAAUGUGGUCAGAAAUUUCAUGUAAUUUAUGCUUUAUUGUUCCAGUUUCCAGUCAUCUUUCUGUUUCUAGGGAAUGAUCAUUGCCAUUGCAUGAUUUCUGUAUAGCAUGCUAACCUUAUAAUCAACUUCGCUUUAUUUGGUUGAAUAUUUUAUUUUAUUUUUUGAAUAAUUUAUUUGGCUGAAAUCCAUAUACUUGACACAUAGAAACAGAAAAAUGAUCACUGUAGAUUGUAGUUAGCUAUGCCACGUCGGAUUGAAAAUUGGUGGGCCAUGCUCUUCUAUUUUUGCAAGUUUAUAUCUUUUCUUUCUUAUUUUUUUUUCCUGCCGCUAGAGGAAGCUAUGUAUCCAUAGACCGGCGGUUGCUAGAUUCCGACUCAGAAGAUUCAAUGAAUCUGGUCUUUUUGUAUCGUUUUUUUAUUGAUUAGUCUGAUGGGUUCAUCUGGUGUAGUUUCAUAUGGUGGAGGUCGAAUUGCAUGUUCUUAUUUUCCCCCCUAAUCAAGUUUAGAAUCGUUUUGAAUUUUGAAUUAUGUAUAAUUUUCCCUCCUGGUUGAAUUUCCUCUGAUCCACUUGUCUAUAAAUUGGGGAUGGGUAAGAGUUGCAAUGCACAAAUUGAGACCAACAGAGUAUAGUUAGGGUUUUAGAGAGGUUAGUGAUUUUUACAAUUCUAUCUUAUAUCUUUGGUUGUAAUUUCAUUGAUGGUUGGUUAUAUCUUUAUUUACACAUGUAUUCUGCAUAUUCUGAUUUGUUGAUUAUUGUUCAUAGAUGGUUAUACCUUUAUUGAUUGUUGCUGAAGAUGUGGAAAGUGAUGCCCUUGCAAUUCUUAUCCUAAAUUAGCUUCGCGCUGGAAUCAAGAUUACAAUUUCCAAAGAUGACACUGUCAUUCUUGACGGUGCCGGUGAUAAGAAAGCUAUCGAGGAAAGAUGUGAGCAGAUUAGGUCGGCGGUUGAAAAUAGUACUUCAGAUUAUGACAAGGAGAAAUUGCAGGAAAGAUUGGCCAAGCUUUCUGGUGGUGCUAGGGAUGGUAAGAUUACUAAAAUGGUCGUCGUUGAGCUUACUGAUCAUAGGUAAAUGUUAUAUUUAUAGUGUAAUCAUCGCAAAUUUUAUUUUGCAGUAUUAUAAUUGUUUUGUUUAAUUUUGGUCAUAGUUAUGAUAAACAGUGGUAAGUGUGAAUGUGCUUUGUUUGGUGAUUAGGUUGACGAGUUGAACAAGAAAAUGGGGAAAACUUGCAAAAUUUAAAAUUUUUAGAGAUAAUGUAUUAUUAUAUUUGAAUUAGUAACUUCUCAAAUUUUCCACUGAUUGAAUUAGUUGUGUCCAGACAAAGCAUCCAUCCAAAAUGUCAUUAACACUACAAGGAUAUUGAUUAAUCCAGAUAUACCUGAGGUCGAAGCAUUCAAGAACAUGUUUGUUUCAUUUCUAAUAAAUUAUUGAUGUUGAGUGAUCGUGUAGUUGUGUUUGUCUUUGAUAAAGAUGUUCAGAAUUUGGCUGUGGAGACUUGUCCUCUUUUGUUAUCAAUGGUGGGUUGUGAAAUCUUUAUUUUUCUGGUUAUAGCUGUUCAUAUUUAAAGACAUUGUAUAAUGUGUUUUGCAGGGAGAGAGCUCUUCCUUAUAUCCAGAUGAGAUGGAGUGCUUUUACGGUGAUGCAACGAAGUUGGUGUUGUGAACAUGUUCUUUGACGAGUUUAUCCCAAAUGUUGAUAACUUUGUUGGUAUCUUGAAUCUCUAAUUUAAAUCUGUUGUGUAUUGUUUCAUCGUUUGAUUUAUCUGCUGAUUAUGGUAUACUCAAACAGAUUGAAACUCCAAAUUAUGAGUCUAUCAAAGAGGAGUUGAGUGAAGGCCAAAUUCUUUAUUAUUCUUUCUUUUUUUUUUUUGGUCAAGAAAUUCUUUAUUAUUCUUCCUGUGAAUCUAAAGAACCUGCUGAUGGUGAUGUUGAUUCAGGUGUCAUUUGCAAACCAAGUGGACAAUGGAGAUAAGAGUAGAACUCCAUUUCCAGGUCAUUCUUGCUUCCAACGUGAAAGAAGAAACUCAAAGAAUGGCAUGUCAACCUAUAUUGAGAAGUUUGUUUAUUCUAGGAGGAAAACCUGUGUUAAAAGAAAGCUUAGGUUUAGGUUUGAUGAUAAUGGUGAAGAUGCUAUGAACAAGAGCAAAAAAAAAAACAUAUUUUAGUGAAAAUAAAUUUGUUAAGGAAGGAGUGUGAGAAGAAAAAAGAACUAUCACAUGAAAGUUGAGCAUUUUAAACCUCAAUUGCAUGGCCUAUAGUUUGGAUUAUACGCUGGUACACUCAACUUCAAAUGAUCUCCAAUGCAGGAGGCAUUUGUAUAUGAUACAGGCAGCAAUUGGUCUAUUCCCAGCAAAGCCUAGAUGUUUUGCAAUACAUCUAAUGAGCAACUCUUGGUUCUCCUGUUGUUUCUCAUUCAGUGACUUCUGUGGUUUAUCCUCCACCUCAGCGGAUUCCCUUUCCCUUUGGUUCAUUGAUGAGCUAUGGCAUAUGUAGUGUUCUCAUCUAUGUCAUAUAGCUAAGUUAGAAUUUGGUUUAAGUUAAUUUGAAGAAAUGUAAUGUAGUUUAUUUCCAGGGUGCUAUUGAAUGGAGUCAUGUUAUUGAAGUUGUUUGAAGACGAUGACAUUCUUGAAAAUGCAAUUGAUGGAAAGCAAAAUAACAGUGAGUUUUUUUUUU